AUGUCAAUCUUGAAUUUCUAUUCUCUAAGAGACUUGCACAAUUCCGCAAAUGAUUUGCUCCAUUCACCAAGCUUCAAACGAGCUCUUUCCUACCACCAACAAAACCAAACGUCUGUUCAAAAAGUGUCUGAAUCGUCUUUAAAGAUGUUAGAUUCUUGUGGGAGAACAAAAGAAAUACUCUUUCUUGUCAAAACUCACAUCCAAGAGCUCCAAUCCACUUUUCGCAGAAUCACCCUUGGUGAAACAUCUUCUGCUGAAAAUAAAUUUUCAGCAUAUCAUGUUCAUCGAAAGGAUUUGAAGAAACAGAUGUUAAACAGGCUAAAGUCUCUAAAAAUGACGAAGAACAAGACGACAAGCAAUUAUUAUGAUGACAACAGCAUAGUUGUUGUAGCAAAUGUGCUUGGUGAAGUUAGGGAAACAAUCAUUUCGCUUGUGGAGUCGCUUAUGUUACUUAUGUCGAUGCCCAGCCCUAACCCUAACCCUAAGACUAGAAAAUCUAUGCAUUCUAAUGGGCUUAUUGCGGCCAAGGCUAAGUUUAUGAGGGUGAAUAGUUUGACCCCAUGGGAAAAAUGCGAAGUUCAUGCAGUUCGACGAGCGAUAGAGAGGUUGGAGGCUGUGGAGAGUGCUGUGGAAGACUUGGAGGUUGAACUGGAGUCUAUCUUCAAGAGGUUGAUAAGAACUAGGGUUUUGCUACUCAACAUACUCUCAAAUUAG